GACAGAGUAUUGCUCUGCAGUGGCGCCAGGGCUGUUCCAAUUUCUUCUCUGAUUUAUUUAAAGGGGCCGUCCAAUCCAAUGUCGGUACUCAGAUCUGGUGGUCCUGGAAGCUUCACUGAACAGGAGGACCGUGUCAAGAUGUCCCAGCAAUUAUACUUGUUUGAAGGGAUUAAGAUGAACCCUUUAUUCACCAGCAAGGAGGAUCUGCACCGUGCCAGGGAUGAGUUUUUGGUGAGAGAUGACGAUGUCAUCAUAUUGACCUACCCUAGAUCUGGAACACACUGGAUGAUUGAGAUUCUCAGUUUGAUCACCUCCAAAGGGGACCCCAGUUGGGUCCAGUCUGUCCCCAGUUUUCUCAGGUCCCCAUGGAUAGAAAAUGGUACUAUGAUGAAAGCCCUGGAAGAGCAGGAUGGGCCACGCCUCAUGACUUCACAUCUCCCCAUACAUCUCUUCCCCAAGUCCUAUUUUACCUCCAAUGCCAAGGUUAUUUAUGUCGUAAGGAAUCCAAGAGAUGUUCUUACGUCUCUCUAUUAUUUAGCAAAAGAAAAUAAAUUGUGGAAGCAAGACAGUUUUGAUGAAUACUUCAACAGAUUUAUCCAAGGUGAUGUGAUUUAUGGACUUUGGUUUGAUCAUAUCCUUGGAUGGAUGGAGAGAAGCGAUAAGAAGUCCUUCCUAGUAGUGUUUUAUGAGGAGCUGCAGAGGGACAUUCGGGGCAGUGUGGAGAAGAUUUGCCAGUUUCUUGGUAAAAAUUUGGAGCCAGAAGAACUUGAUUCAGUCCUCCAUAACAGCUCCUUCUCAGUCAUGAAAGAGAACAAAAUGGUCAACUCUUCCCUGAUUAAUCAAGGCUUCAGUGCCUACACCAAAGCACCAAUCCUGAGACAGGGAAUUUCUGAGGACUGGAAAAACCACUUCACGGUGGCGCAGAGUGAAGCCUUUGACAAGCUCUUUCGGGAGAAGCUGUCACAUCUGGGGCCCAGACUGUUCCCCUGGCCCUGAGGCUGUGUCUCACUUAUGGCUUCUGAGUGUUGGUUUUCUGGGCAGGAAACAGGUGGCUGCCUCUUAGUGACUUUUCUUUUCACCCCACACUUCUGAUGCACUGGUAGUUAACAUCAUGGAACACAGAACAAAAAAAUCAUCUUCUUUCAGUGAUUGAAUCUCAAUGGAUGUAGAGCACAAGGCAGCCACUUCUGUAUCUAUUCAUUAAAGUGGAAUGAUUAAAAUGAUAUGAUACUCAAUAAAUAGAACAAAUA